UUGAAAUAAACCAGUUGGUGACUCGUAAAAAAAAAACAAACCGGUAAACAACCGUUUACUGAAUGAAAAGAGUUGUAUAUAAAUUGUGUUAUAUUUAGUUAAAAUUUAGAUAAAUUGUAAUGUCUGACAAAGAUAGUGGUAAAUCACUUUCAAGGCCAAAAGUAAGAUUCAGCCAAAAAUCAUUAGAAACAACAAAUGAAAAUGCUGCUCGACCAGUUCGACAUGGACCAGUUAUUCGUGACAUUAUCACAUUAAAAAAACCAGUAAUUAUUGUUCGUUCACAAAAUACUAAUAAAGAUGAUCAAACUUCAAAGUCCAGUGAAAAAUCAACAAAAACUACAGCUCCAAAGAGAUUUGCAGAAAACUCUUCAAAUCUUACUGAAAAUACUGUCAACAUAAUUGAUCAACUUCAAGAACAAACACAAAAGUUAAAAAUAUCAUCAAAUAAACCAAUUAUAAAUUUGAAAAAUCAUAAAUCAACAGAGUCUGUAUCGUCUAAAUUGUCAUCAAGUAAAUCUUCAAGGUCUGGUCAUAAACCAUCAGUAACUUUUGCUGAACAAGAGCCCAAAGUUGUUGAAAAUGUACUGCAAAAUCGUGGACAAAAUAAUGAUAAUAUAUCAAAACCACAACAUACUAUCGAAGUGCCACUAUUAAUAAUUGAUGAUGAAACAAGUUCCAAGUCAUUAAAUGAUCAAUCAAAAGUACAUCAUGGUCAUGUUAGUCGUUCUGGAAAUAAAGAAAAUGUCGUUAAAAAAUUAUCCAGUAAUCGAUCAACAACAAAGUUGGCUCCCAGCAAGUCAGAAAGUGUAAAAAAAAUAAGCAAAACAAAUUCCAAACCUUCAACUGUUACCUCAAGGUUAACUCAGUCAAAACCACCAAAAAAAAGUUUACCUAUUUUAAAAAAAUCAGUACCAUUGUCAUGUCGAGAGCCAAAAAUACCAGUUGCUGGAACAAUGGCAUGUUUAAAACCAAGAAAAAAAAGUAACCAGGUAAUAGUAAAAAAAGAUGUUGUUAAAAAUAAAGCUGGACCACUUCCAAAUAUUUAUGUUGGUCCAGGAUUACCAGAAAGAAAAUCACCAACUACUGUUUGUGAUGUUUAUAAAAGACCAGAUGUUUUAUCAUCCAACAAAUUAAUAAAGCCAGAAUUUAAUUCAAGUGUUGGUACAAUGAGAAAGCUUCAAGAAGUUAAGAAAAAGAAAAUUGUCAAUGACAUUGACAGCCUACCAAAUACUUACAAAAAUCUCAUCAUGGGAAAAAUGUCAAGUGCUUUGGAUUUUCCAGCAAGUGAGACUGUUUUUCGUGAUCUUGUUGAUAUAUCAAUAAAUGAAAAUCAAUUACCAUCAAGAAUAACAAGAAGCAAAGAUCCAGAACCAAGACAAAAAGAUAUUGUUCCUAAACUUUCUGAUUUUUUUAAUCCUCAAUAUUGCAAAGAGUACACUGAGCCAUCACAAAUCCGACCAAGAACACCAGAAAUUUUAGACAAUUGGAGUGCUUUUACAAUCAGUGAUCGUAUUAAAAGUUGGAAAAAUCGUCUUGAUAAUAAUUAAAACAUUUAAAAACUAAUCACAAGUAUUUAA